CUGCCUAAACCGGAAGUUGAUCAAUUGCUUUGCGGAAAUAUUGCAGCUUUCCAAAGCUAAUUUGUAGCGUUCUGCUUUAAACGGGGCGCUACUUGAUUUAUUUUCCUCCGACACAAAACUACAUGACAUCAUAUUGCAGUCUUUAUGGAAACACGCCAUGUCGUGUUGUCGCAAUUACGGACAUGUCAUUUUGACAGCGUUGCAUAUCUUCCAUAUGUUUUAAAACGAGGCGUUUCUCCGUGCGUUUUGGUCUAAAACGUAUCAAAUAUGUUUUUUAUUUAAACGUAUUAAGUCGCACACAAUGCAAUGUUAUUUUCAGUUGCUGCGGGUUUGGAUGUAACGUCAACUUUGACGGAGGUUUAGGGAGUCCCAAGUAAAUGGAAGGCAUCAAAAGGUCAUGCAUGCAGCCGGGCCUCUAACCUGCACUUUUUAGACCCCAGCUCUGCAGCCUGUGUGCUCCCAAUAGUUGGAGAUUCUUCUCCCUUCUCCCUCCAUUUAUUUCCCCACUGCACUCCCAACAAGCCCGGGGUUCCCUAUGUUCACUCUGUUGAGCAUGUUUUACUACAUCUGUCUGCGGCGACGCUCCAGGAGUGGGACUCGCGGCGAGGCGCUGACCAGUCGACGAGCUGUGGAGUCUGGCCAACGGGCGAUAUUGCCAGUCAGCGUGGAGGUGGAGCAGUAUGUCAAGGAGGUUUUGGACUUCAGCUCUCAUUACGGCAGCGAAAACAGCAUGUCAUACACGAUGUGGAACCUGGCCGGUGUGCCCAAUGUAUAUCCCAGCUCUGGGGACUUUACACAGACUGCUGUGUUCAGGGCUUAUGGAACAUGGUGGGAACAAUGUGCCAGUGCUCCACCACGUUUACGACGCACCCCUAAAAACUUCUACAGCCAGGAUUAUAUCGAGCUAAGCUUUGAAGAGCCAGUUUACCCGACAGCGGUGGAGGUCCUUGAGACUUAUUACCCUGGGGCCGUCGUCCAGAUUCUGGCCUGCUCACAUAACCCCUUCUCCCAGAAUCCACCAACGGAUGUCAGGUGGGAGGUAUUGUGGUCAGGCGAGCCUACCAAGGUACUGACACCUCAGGCACGGCAGUUUUCACCGAACAUCAAACACAUCAGUUUCCCUACCAACCUGCUGCGCCUGGAGGUCAACAGCUCUCUGCUUGAUUACUACACCGAGCUGGACGCUGUCGUCUUACGUGGUGUGAAAGAGAGACCCAUGCUGGCACUCUACAAGAUGCCUGUCAUCAACAUCAUUGACCUCAGCGAUGGCGAAGAGGACCUGUCUGAUGUGGGAGGUCCAUUUAGACAAUAUGGAAACAGCAAGAUGGGCAAUGGCUUCUUUGACAAACUGCCAUACGAGCUCAUUCAGUUGAUUCUGAGCCACCUCACCUUGCCAGACCUCUGCCGUCUGGCCCAGAGCUGUAAGCUGCUGCACCAGCACUGUUGUGACCCGCUGCAGUACACCCAGCUGAGUCUGCAGCCCUAUUGGGCCAGGCUGAAUGACACCUCCUUGGGACACCUGCAGAGUCGCUGCACACGCCUCCAGAGGCUCAACCUUUCCUGGACCGGCAACCGGGGAGCUCUCACCCUGAAUAGCUUCAGCAGUUUCAUGAAGGUGUGUGGGCUCAGCCUGGUGUCCCUGGAACUGUCUUGCUGCCACUUCCUGACAGAGGCUUGUUUGGAGGUCAUCGCCCAGACUUGUCCGGGGCUACAGGAGCUUAAUCUGGCCUCCUGCGACCGCCUCCACCCGCAAGCCUUCACACACAUUUCCAAACUGACACGCCUCCGCCGGCUGGUGCUUUACCGCACCAAGAUUGAGCAAACAGCUAUUCUUAGCAUCCUAACUUUCUGCAUUGAAUUGAAACACCUCAACCUCGGGAGCUGUGUGAGGAUUGAAGAUUACGACAUUUUAGCAAGCAUGCUGGCCGCUCGCUGCCGCUCACUCUGUUCACUUGAUCUGUGGCGAUGCAGAAACCUGACCGAUCGAGGCCUCAAUGAGCUCGUCUCUGGCUGCAGAAUGUUAGAAGAGCUGGACCUGGGCUGGUGUCCCACACUGCAGAGCAGCACCGGAUGUUUCCAGCACCUUGCCCGCAGCCUUCCACGCCUACGCAAACUCUUCCUGACUGCCAACCGCUCAGUCUGUGACUCAGACAUAGAGGAGUUUGCCACCAGCUGCCCUUUGCUACAGCAUCUUGAUAUACUGGGCACAAGGCUGGUGGGCGCUGCCUCCCUGAAGAAACUCCUCCAGUCCUGUCCACGGCUUCUCCUGCUGGAUGUUUCCUUCUGCUCCCAGAUAGACACUCGGGUCAUGCAAGAACUCUCCGGCCUCUUCCCCAAUGUCGCCAUCAAGAGGAGUUUCACACACUGACCCCAGCUGGGUCUUUAGUUCUGGCUGCGGGGAGGAAGACCGAGGCACAGCAGACGAUGGAAAGACAAUUCUUUACCCCAAGAUCUGCUAUUAGGGCUCAAUAAUGAGUCCCGGGUGAGAAAGUCAUCUGGAUUGGCAAGGAAACCGACGACAGACUCGCAUCCGGUGAGUUACAAAAUGUGAGACUUAAUUUAUGAUUUUUGGACUCUUUGAAACCAGGGCUAUUGCAGUGAAGCAACUGCACGACUUAUUGAAAGACCAUGGCUGGGGAAUAUGAGUUAUUUAUGGAAAUAUGCUUUACUGAUAGCACAUCAAAGUACAAAAAAAAAAAGAGCAACACGGUAUGGUUUUUUAGCAAGGAUCAGGUGCCUUUAGGCUCUUAUUACCAAGUACGGUCAUCAAACAUGCACUUAAUAUUUUGCCCGCUGGCCAUUUUGUUUUACUGGUGCUGUCAUGUCCUCCUGUAAGCCAGCGUCCUCUGCAUUGGACAUUUCAGAUUGACAUAAUCAGGCUUUUCCCCCCCUGAACUCUAAAAAAAAGAAAUAAACCAAAAACAAAUGUCCACUGCAGUGGACACUGGUUCUCAGGAGGAUAACCGUCAAACUCAUUUUGAGUCAACUCAAGCACCAUUUUAGUAUUACUUUCAUUGUUUGCAAUAUGGGCUUCACGGUGGAUGAGGGGUUAGUGCGUCUGCCUCACAAUACAAAGGUCCUGAGUAGUCAGGGUUCAACCCCGGGCUCUGGAUCUUUCUGUGUGGAGUUUGCAUGUCCUCCCCGUGACUGCGUGGGCUUCCUCCCACCGCCAAAGACAUGCACCUGGGGAUAGGUUGAUUGGCAACACUAAAUUGGCCCUAGUGUGUGAAUGUGAGUGUGAAUGUUGUCUGUCUAUCUGUGUUGGCCCUGCGAUGAGGUGGCGACUUGUCCAGGGUGUACCCUGCCUUCCGCCCGAUUGUAGCUGAGAUAGGCACCAGCGACCCCUAAGGGAGAAACAGGUGGAAAAUGGAUGUUUGCAAUAUUAUUAUUAAACAUGUCAACAUUUCACCAGGGCUUCACGGUGGCAGAGGGGUUAGUGCGUCUGCCUCACAAUACGAAGGUCCUGCAGUCCUGGGUUCAAAUCCAGGCUCGGGAUCUUUCUGUGUGGAGUUUGCAUGUUCUCCCCGUGAAUGCGUGGGUUCCCUCCGGGUACUCCGGCUUCCUCCCACUUCCAAAGACAUGCACCUGGGGAUUAUCGGCAACACUAAAUUGGCCCUAGUGUGUGAAUGUGAGUGUGAAUGUUGUCUGUCUAUCUGUGUUGGCCCUGCGAUGAGGUGGCGACUUGUCCAGGGUGUACCCCGCCUUCCGCCCGAUUGUAGCUGAGAUAGGCGCCAGCACCCCCCCGCGACCCCGAAAGGGAAUAAGCGGUAGAAAAUGGAUGGAUGGAUGGACAUUUCACCAGUUACAUAGUAAUAUCCAAAAUAAUCCAGCCAAUGCAAAGUUGCUCAUUCAUUUCUAAAAAUUAGUCAUGCCUGAAAGCAAAGACUUGGUCUUACCGGUGAAUCCUGUCUCCAAUAAAUGGCCAAUAAAUGCACCGCUACAGCAGUGACACAUUUGGAAUAUUUUAUACUUUAACCAAAUUAUUUGUUUUCACAAAAUGAACACCAAGGCAUCAGUAGUUGCACCUUAUUGCGACUGUCAAUAUGGUCGACAUCUUCAACGCAUUCACCCGCUCAUCGGAAGUACGCCAACAAUCAAGCAGUCAAACUUCACACGUACAGUUUCAGUCGGACGUUUACAUCCAGUCAUGAUCUAAAUAUAUUAAACUGGCACAACAGGUUACUUACCAAAUAAACAGGAUGUUUGUGUGCCUUCUAUUCUUGCUUGAAGUGUGUGAGACAUCUUGUGUUUGAUGGUAGACGUGCGCUCCUCAACCAAAGUGAUGUGAAGAUGUUAUUUGUCACAAGCGCACUUGACUGGUUUAAAUGCCACAUACUGUCUAGCUGUGCCAAAUGUUACGCAGAAAUAUGUUGUGUGCUUUUUAUUUUGAUGUAAAUACUGUAUAUCCAUUAUUAUCUGCUGCAAGACUUAAUUUGGGGGAAAUACAGGACUUGUUAAAAAAAAAAAAAAAAAAAAUGCCCCAAAGAAUGACUACCUACACUUCUGUCCCCAGAUUGUCUUUUUGUUGCUUUGCAAUAAUCCUUUGUAAUUACAGGUUUUAUGGAAAACCACUACAUGGACUGGGUCUUUUCAAGUCCAUGCAUUAUUUGUUUGUUUGUUUCCAGCGUCUUAGACUGAGAGAAUGUUCAUCAAGUUCACACAAGCCAGCAACACAUCUGCUGUAUCUAUUUAUGUUUGAUGUACAAUGUUGCUGCGGCAUAAGGAAAAUCCAUAAAACUAUGAUUAAUGUGGAUUCAAGCUACGCUGUUCUAUUUAUAUUGAACACUGUUCUACUGAUUUACUCAAAUGUUAUGCGGAAAACCUGAGUUGAACAAUACAAAUUUAAUCAAAUUUUUUGUUUAAAAAAAUGGUCCACAUGUUUUCUUUUGACAUGUUAUUUUGGGGUCCACAUUGUGAACCCCUGAUAUAAUUUGACCUCUGCAUUUCGUCAAUGACAACCCCUUCUCCCAUCCAGGAUGUCAUUUUGUUUUGUCGUUAGUGGAGUGUGUUCGUUGAAGCCACCAUUGCGUGAGAAGAUUGUGCCUCUGCGUCCAUGAAACUGGGUGCUUCUCUUUAACCACAUUUGAAAUAAAAUCCUUGUGUGUGA